AUGUUUUUGUAAAAAGAAUCGGAAGAAGAAGAAGAAGAAGAGAAGCUGUCAAAAAACCCAAAAAACAGAAAUGUCAACAAAACUAACCUCCUCAUUUUUAAAUAUUUCUUAGUUCUCUUGAGUUUUUUUUAACUCAGAAAAUAUGUACAAAAUAAUAUUUUUUAUAAAAUUUAUCAAUCUAUAACUUGCGUCUACAAUAUAAUUGUAGAAAAUAUGUGUUCAAUAACAAUGCAUGUGAAAAAACAAUGAUGAAAUUUUUGAAUAAUAAAUUAACAAUAAAAGUAAAAUGAACAUAUAAAACUAUAAAUAAACACAAAACUUGUGUGUUUCAAGUGAUCAAAUUUGAACAAAACAAAAUAAUUAUUAAAAGAAUAUUUCUCUAAUUUAUUUAAGUUAAAAUAAUUUAAACACUUGAAGCUAAAAGGCGGUAAUUGUGAACUAUUUAUUUUGCAAAAAAAAAAAAAAACAACAACACAAUGUUGCCAGGAAUUGGAGUAUUUGGAACUGGAAAUAUCGUUAAGAUUAUAAUUCCAUUUCUUCGUGAAAAAGGAUUUAAAAUUGAAGCACUAUGGGGCAGAACAAUUGCAGAAGCCUCAGAAUUGGCGACAGACUUGGAAAUUCCAUUUCACACGAGUCGAAUUGACGAUGUGCUCUUAAGAAGGGACGUCGAUUUAAUUUUCAUAAUGUGUUCGCCAAGUUUGCACGCGCAAAUUGCGGUGAAAGCUCUGGGAAUUGGCAAACAUGUGGUCUGUGACAAACCCGGUGGAUUGAGUCAGAGUGAAGCUCUGAAAAUGGUUCGGGCCGCCCAAUAUUAUCCUUCUCUGAUAAGUAUUAUAAAUCACAGUUUAAGAUUUCUGCCGGCAUUUAUACAAAUGAAGAAGGCUUUGGAAGAUGGAUUUCUUGGGGGACUUGCAACUGUAAUUGAUAUCAGAGUUCAAAUGGGCAGCUUACUGCAUGACGGAUACGACUGGCUGUGCGACGAUACAAUGGGAGGUGGGAUUUUAGCUCUAGUAGGCAGUCACGUGAUAGACUUGGUGCAUCAUUUAAUCGGCCAACGAGCUGUUCGAGUGCACGCAGUAAUACGAACAUUUACUCGAACGACAAAAAGCAUAACAGGAAUACGUAACGUUACCGCACCAGAUUUUUGCACCUUUCAAAUGGAACUUAAUGGUGGAACCCUAGUGACAGCGACUCUCAGUAAUCACCUCCAGGGCCAAUUGUCGCAGGAGAUAUUAGUUUGUGGACCUGGUGGUCAUCUUGUCGUACGUGGGGGGGAUUUACACGGAUGUCGAGAGGAACAGGAGGACGUUUUAUAUUUAGAUGUUGAACAUCUACAGGACUCGUGUUCCUCCGUCGUGGAUUUCAUUCCUCGUCCCUACAUCAAGGGUUUGAGAAAAAUGAUUGGUGCCCUGCGAGAAGCCUUCUUACCUGUCGAAGACAAACGAGGGUGGAUAAAGGAGCCCGUCUCUUCAGCUGCAACUUUCGAGGAUGGCCUUUACGUUCAGGCCGUUAUCGAUGCACUACGACAGAGCAACAAGCGACGAGAGUGGACGAAAGUUACUGUUCUCACGGAAGAACCCGAUCCAAAUCCACUUUUAAGUGCAGCCGUUAGAGCGACUGCAAUUUCAAUUUAAUUCUUCAAGUAUUAAAAAUUUAAAACCUCACUGAAAUUUAA